AAUCAUGGUUGACUUAUGUCAGUGGAGAGCUGCCAUUGGUCUAUGGAAUUGCUCUCGUAUCAGUUUUAGAGGAGUACCACAUCAUUUAUUUCGGACUCAAGAAGAUUGCGGUCAAGUACCUCAAAAACACAAUUGUACAGAUACAGAUCAUCAUACUACUAGAUCCAAAUCUGCUGCUCAAGAUAACAUUAUUCAUCAUACAGUUUCUACUACUGGUGAAGCUGCUACUAUUAUCAGUUGGGCUUGGUCUCUAUUCUCUACUCCUGAAACUGUUUGCUUUCUAUUCUACCUUUUCCUGCAUAUCCUUCUCCUCCUCCUAUCAGGAGAUGUUGAACUCAAUCCUGGACCAACCUCUGAAACAAAAGAAGUUAUUCGAAAAAAGAUAGAAGCCAGUCUGAGAAGUAAGUAUGCUGAUCUUGAGCUUGCUACAAGAGGCUGUAUUGGUGAGAUAAGACCACAACUCUAUGCAAAAGGAUUGAUAACAGAGGCAUUGAGGGACUCUGGCACUUAUGCCCAAAUAAGUGACAGUAUCAAAGCUGGGAUGCUCGUGGUUGAAAGUAUUGAGCAGUUGACAAAACGUUACAAGGAUUUCCUGAACUCCAUUUCCUCUCAAGGGGGACCCUGUAAAGUUGCAGCUGAUCAGUUAAAUGAAGAGCUGGAAGAAAUUUUAAAACUUGAAGAAGUGCAAAUUAAACAUUCUGUCUCUUUAGAAGAGGAAGCACAAGUAAUCCCAAAAACCCCAGAGUCCCAUCGACAGUUAAAGUUGGAUCCUGAAGCUGAGAAAACUAUUUCUAAAUCUAUCAAGGAAUUAAGUAGCUCUUUUAAUGACUUAUUAAAAAAGCUAAAGAAUGAAUUGGAAAAGGUUUGCGUUGCUGAUGUAGUGGAAUAUCUGGAAGAGAACCGUUUAGAUGACCUUCCAUUCGACGACCUAAAGACAGCUAAAGACUUCAAGGAAUUGAUUAUUAAAGUCAAUGAGCAUUAUGAUUUCUUGGACUGCUCUCUUCUUCAAUUAAUAGCAGAAGAGUUUGCGACAGAAGCUUUAUCUGAAAAAUUUGAAGAGCAUUCAAAGGUUGCUGCAAAGUUUCGGGAAUCACAUACAGUUGAUGAUCUUAGAGACAACUUAACAGAGAUAUUUAAUCCAUACCUUGAUGAUUUCGAAAAAGGACCCAAAGCACGUAUAGAUCUUAACAAUGCCUGGAACAAAGUUCAGUUAAAUAGACUCCGUACUCUCAUUGGAUGCUUCUUUCCUGACAUCAAUUCAAAAUCCCUAACAAAACAUGUUCUAAUUAACUGCAGAUCUGUUCACAUCACGUACUACAUGACUGAAUCAGCAGAUCAAAUACAACAGAUAAUAGCCUGUGCACGUGAGAGGGUGGACUUUAUGAAGCAUAUUGGUCUCUAUCACCUUGCUGUUAAUGGGGAAGUCAUUCUGGAUGAAGCCAAAAAAAAUGAUUUCAAAUUUGAGUCGGCAUUACAAGAAGCAUCAAAGGUAGGUGAUAGUGAAGCAGUGGAAGUACUCCUUGAUAUAGGAAGAGGUACUGAUGUGUUAGGGGAUAUUUCUAAGGCAUUGUUCCAUGCUUCUAGUAAUAAUCACUAUCGAGUCGUUAAGCUCUUACUUAAUGAAGGCGCUAAUCCAAAUGUUAGAAACACUGUUGGAGAACCAGCUAUACUUGCAGCUAGCAGGAAAGGUCAUCAUAAAAUAGUCGAGUUACUUCUUAAGGAGAAUGCUGAUCCAGAUGCACAAUAUCAAAUUAAUCAAGAAAUUUGUGGUAGCAGUUAG